AUGCGACGAGUUUCGGCGUAUGUGAUGCAGGACGACCUCAUGUUCCCGUCGCUCACGGUGCGCGAAACGCUGAUGUUCGCCGCGGAGCUUCGCCUGCCGCAAAGCGUGAGGCGGGAGGAGAAGGCGGCGAAGGUAGCGCGGUUGCUCGAAUUGCUGGGAUUGGCAGAAGUGGCGGAAACGAAGAUCGGGGACGAGGGGCAAAGGGGCGUGUCUGGUGGCGAGCGGAAGCGCGUCGCGAUCGGCACGGAGAUCAUCUGCGACCCAAAGAUUCUCUUUCUUGACGAGCCCACGUCGGGGCUCGACUCGACGAGUGCGUUCCGCGUGGUGCGGGCGAUUAAAGACAUCGCGACCAACACGAACAGCAUCGCCGUCAUGGUGCUGCAUCAGCCCAGCUUCCGCGUUCUCGGCCUCGUGGACCGCCUGAUCCUCCUCGCCUCGGGCCACGCCGUAUUUCACGGCGCGCCUCCCGCGCUGCCGCGCUUCCUCGAGUCGGCUGGGUUUCCCGUGCCGCAGUUCGCUAACAGCACCGAGUUCGCGCUGGAUCUUAUCGAGGAUAUGCAGCGGUCGAGCCGCGGGGUCGCGGAUAUGGUGGAAUUCGCCCGGGGACAUGAGAGGCAGCAAGAGGAAGAGGAGGAGCGGGAAAGGCAGCUAGGGAAGCUGGGAGAAGAGGCUGCGCUGCGGUGUAACCCUCAACCGGAGGGUGUUUUACAAGGCUUUCAGGAACGUCUCGCAUUCUUCUCCUUCGCCAUCUGCGUGCUCUUCUUCGUCUCCUGUGAUGCUGUUCCCAUUUUCAUCCAGGAGCGAAACAUCUUUCUUCGAGAAACCAGCAGCAGCGCCUACCGUCCAUCCACCUACCUCCUCUCCUCCACGCUCGUCUACCUCCCCCUCCACCUGCUCAUGGCGCUCACGCUCGUGCUCGAGGCCUGGUGGUGCUUGGGGCUGCAGGGCGGCGCACAAGGCUUCUGCUUCAUGGUUCUCGCGUGUUUUGCGAUGCUGUUUACCGGGAAUGCCCUCGCCACAUGCGUCAGCAUCUGUGUCAACCAUGUGGUGCUGGCCUAUGCAGUGGCCAUCGCUCUUAUGGCAUACUUCGCUCUGCUCAGCGGGUUCUACAUCGACAGGGAGAGCAUCCCUGAAGUGUGGAUGUGGCUGCACUACCUCUCGCCCAUGAAAUACGCUUAUGAGGCCCUGGCAAUCAACGAGUUUGGCAGGACCGGAGGUCCAUGUUACCUGGAAGCUGGCACAAUGUUUGACAAUACACCUGUGGCACCAUAUCUAAACGCAACCAGGAUCAACAAGGCGAUGAUGGGGAUGCGGCAGGUGCUGGCUGGUACCCCUUAUAACAAAAUCACUACAAGCACGUGUCUGCGGGACGGGCCGCAGCUGCUAACAACUACAUUGGCGGUGAAUCAGCUCGACAUGUGGGAGAAUGUGGCGGUGCUGCUGGGGUUUGGAGUGUUAGUACGGUUUUUCACAUUUCUGCUCCUAGUGCGGUUCAGUAAAGCUAAGCAACAGUGA